UUCGGGAACGGUUGGCUAGCCCCGUGCGGACCAUGUCGUCGGUUGCAUGACGGGAUAGGCAUGACAGCAACACUCAGCAGCCCUCAAUUGGUGUUGCUGACAUUCUUGGGAGCUUUGUAAACGACAAUCGUCAUGACGCUGGACAGACACGCCAGAUGAGCCGCCUGCGAAACCUCCGCCGCCCGCGCCGACUGCCCUCCCUACCAUGUCCUCGUCGAACAUUCGGGUAUUCGUACAAUGGAAGGACUCGACCGUGUUCGCCGGCGAAGAUGUGCAAUGCACAAUCACCUUCAAGAACGUAGCAAACCCUGAGGGACGCGACCCCUCACCGGCGCGCAAACACAAUGGCUUUGCGCCAGGCGGAGAGCGACAGCGCAAGCUGCCCCCUGUCCAUUCGUCUUCGAGACCGUCGAUAUCGCGCAACUCCUCCUUUGUCUCGCAGAUACCAGGCUCUCCACACCGACACGGCCAUCGUCCAGCGCAAUCACUACAUGCAUCCUCUGUCGCUGGAGACGCGCGAUCGCCCAUAUCACCGGGUGGGGCAUUUGGCAACAGCGGCAGGGGUCACAAGCACGGGAGGUCGAUAUCAAUCAUAUCGCUAGGCACCGAUGCUGCGACUGGAGGCAGCCACAACGGCAGCGCCACGCCGACACGGCCGACCCGGGGGCAUGGCAGGUCUGCCAGUAUGCAGGUCAUGCCAAACGGGCCCUCCUCGUAUCCAGUGUCUUCCCCUGGCUUCCGCUCAGCUACGCAUCCCUCGCCUCUCGCAGGCGGGGCGUCUUUCCCCCCUACCAUACAAGAACCAUCGAACGAAUUCACAUUCCCUGCGCGUCCACCGAGAAGGAGACCGGGCGUUGCCACCGCGCCGAGCACGCCGGCCCUCUUUACCGCAGGGCGAAAGCUGUCAGAGUCGUUGUCGUCUAACUUCAAAUUCCCAAUGGGUCCUCCAACCAACGAUCCUUCGCCAGAACGACUCGAGACGCAAGACACGGCGCACACACCGCCAGUACAUUCUCCGCCUGUGCCUACUCCGCCUGUGCCUACUCCGCCUGUGCCUACUCCGCCUGUGCCUACUCCGCCUGUGCAGGUACCGCGAGCGCGAGCUCACUCUCCACAACCAACCCAUAGUGGGCGCCGAAUGCCUACGAACCCCCACCUCGAGACACUCUCGCCUGUCGCCAGGAUAAUAUCGGCGUCUAGCAUGGAAGGUACACCACGCAGUAGCGGCGAGUUCUACUCUAUGAGCAACAACUCGUCAGAGACUCUGGCCUCCGAGUAUGUCACUCAUCCCUCCGCACGAUUGCUGCCACGAGCAUUGCAUCAGCGACAAGCAAGCCAUCUGGCACCGCCAAAGCGGCAGCUUCAGCCGGAGUUGCUGAUGAUGGGAUAUGCGCAGAUCAUGGGAUCAUUCACCCUGGACGGUUCGUUAGUCAACCAGGCACCAUUCGAGGAAGUGAAGAGGAAGGGCGUCGUAGGUGGCCAGGGGAGUGGUGGCGUGGUCGGAGUCGAGAGACCAAAGCGCGAAAGCGGGCUCUUUGGGGCACUAGGCUGGGGCAACAUAGGAGAAUCUCUCGGUGGAUUGCUGGGCUCCUCCGAACCAUCGAGUAUUCGCGAGAUGAGAAGCACAGCCAGCUCCAAAACGGUUCCACUUAUCACCACGCCGCAGUCGAUCCUGUUUGUCGACCUCAAACUCGCCCCUGGCGAGAGUCGCAGCUAUACUUACAGCUUCACAACGCCGAGAGGACUUCCACCAUCGCACAAAGGGCGUUCGAUAAAGGUCAACUAUCAUCUUACAAUCGGUACACAGCGAGCAGGCUCCACCAAGGAGCAACAAGUGAAGCAUGUCGAUGUUCCUUUCCGGGUUUUCAGCAGCGUCAAUGGUCGUGGAGACAUACUCGGUCAUGACUUGAUGUCUCCAUACAUCAUACUGCGUGAUCAAGCUCGAACUGCGAGCAUUGAUGCAGCAGCAGGCACCAACUCGGUCUCGACAGCAAAAAAAGUAGCUGCUGCCAGUAAACCAGGUCAGGACCCGUUCGCCGAGUUUCUCACAUAUGUCGACAACCUCCUGGAACGACCGCGGCAAAACUCGAGUAUGGUGGGUCUACUAUCGCCAACCGACACAAUACCUGGACGAUCAUCGAUAGCUGAAGAUCAUCAUCCUCAAACUAUGAAGGAAUCCAUCGACAUGGCCAUUCUCCGCAGUAAUCUUACAGGUGCAGCAAACCAGAGCGCCAAUAGAUUCGAAAUCGCCCGUAGCGGUCGUCGAGUUGCAGUCAUAAUGUUGGCUCGACCUGCAUAUCGAUUGGGGGAGACCAUGUUGGCUGUGAUCGACUUCACUGACUCACACAUACCGUGCUACUCCGUCCACAUCUCACUUGAAACAUCGGAGAAGGUCGACCCAGCUAUCGCGCUUCGAUCCAAUGCAUCCAUCUACCGUGUAACAAAGAAAGCCCAUGCUUCUUUUUCCGAGAACGCGCUGUUCGCUCAGAAGCUGGCAUUCUCACCUACGAUACCUCCGAAUGCAACACCAGAGUUCAUUACCAGCGGCAUCAGCUUGGAGUGGAAGUUGAGGAUCGAGUUUAUCACACCUCGUGUCACGCAUGAGGAUGGGGGAGUGCAGUCGUUUGACGACCUGCUCGAAGAGAUAUCGAGUGACGACAGAGGUGUCAUCCUGGCUGCAGCACAACGACUACCAGCAGAAAGCUUCGAGGUACAGGUUCCGAUCAAGGUGUACGGCGCAGUGACAGGAGCACCUGAUGCGCCUGAUGAGGAGGGGCUGCCUGUGUGAAGCAAUACAAGAAAGAUGAAGGUCAGAGAAACAAGGCUUCAACAAAUGAUGCCCAGAACGGCCACAAUCGCCACGUAACAGACACAUCAUAGAGUGUCAUUUCAUACGACAUACAGCGCUAUAAUUAAAGCAGACGACCUUGACUAUGCCGAGUCCAACCGCCAUGUUGAACACGUUGGAUAUACAGACGACAUCAAUAGGGCAUCAAGGUUUUGGAACAGGUACCUCACGACACGGACACUGAUCCACGUGGGCACGCAGCGGCAGUAGUAGAGAAAAAUAUUAAUG